ACACGUGCCCCGGAUCCCGGCGCUGGCAGGACCAGUGCAGUCACUUUAAGCUCUCUUCCCGCCUGGCUCGUUUGGAAAGAGAUUUUCAGAAAGGCCGAACCCUGUUCUAGUCGGACCCCCUCGUGUACCCUGGCGCCCCUCCCCGAGUCCCCUUGGCGUCCCCCGCAGAAUGAAGGGUCCUUAGGUCGCUUUCGGAUCUUUUGUUUUGGGUUUUUUAGACGGUCUCCCAGUGAUUCUCUGGUUGGCCGGAACUUGCUGUGUAGACCAGCCUGGCCUCGAACUUGCAGCCGUCUUCCCAAAUCUGCUCCCGAGUGUUGCCAGCUUUUAUAUAUUUGGAAACGGGGCCUCAGUGUAACCCAAGUGCCGGUGCCACACUACUAACCACUCCAGCGUACGAACAAGGGUGACUCUUCCAGGUCUACGACGUGCUGACCUGAUUGGACGAUCUGUUUCCAGUUCUGUCGCCAUGGAAGCCCCGCCAGUCACCAUGAUGCCAGUCACUGGGGGCACCAUUAACAUGAUGGAGUAUCUCCUGCAGGGAAGUGUUUUAGAUCACAGUUUGGAAAGUCUCAUCCAUCGCCUUCGUGGUUUGUGUGACAACAUGGAGCCUGAGACCUUCCUUGAUCACGAGAUGGUAUUCCUUCUUAAGGGCCAGCAGGCCAGUCCAUUUGUUCUAAGGGCCCGGCGCUCCAUGGACAGGGCAGGGGCACCCUGGCACCUGCGUUACCUGGGACAGCCAGAAAUGGGAGACAAGAACCGUCACGCCUUGGUUCGCAACUGUGUGGACAUUGCCACAUCUGAGAACCUCACAGACUUCUUGAUGGAAAUGGGCUUCCGCAUGGACCAUGAGUUUGUAGCCAAAGGACACUUGUUCCGGAAGGGCAUCAUGAAGAUUGUGGUGUACAAGAUUUUCCGAAUCUUGGUCCCAGGGAACACAGACAGCACAGAGGCCCUGUCUCUCUCCUAUCUUGUGGAAUUAAGUGUUGUUGCACCAGCUGGGCAGGACAUGGUCUCUGAUGACAUGAGGAAUUUUGCAGAGCAGCUCAAACCUCUGGUUCACCUGGAAAAAAUAGACCCCAAAAGGCUUAUGUGAUUAAGAAGGUCUGUCCAUCUUUGCGGUCUGUCCUUACUUGGUAGGCAGAAAGGUUUCCCAAGUACCCUGGUUCACUGCUGCCAGUCAGGCGGACUCACUUCAGGAAGACUUGAGUGGUGAGAAUUUGUUUCCUUUGGACCAUUUCCUUUAUAUAAUAAUUUCGUCUGUUUUGUUUGUUUUUUUGGUGUCAGAGUCUUACCCUGGCUCACCUGGAACUCACUACAUAACUAGCCUACGGUAAGGGUUUCCUUACCAAGCUGACUGUUUCAUCUCCUUGACAGUCAUUUCCCAUUAGAGGCCCAGGAUAACAUGGAGAUUUGUCCAAGUUCUCCGUCUGCUCAAAAUAGGGGAACUGGAAUAAAUUAGCUUUUCAGAGAAAAAUGUCAAAAACAACUCUGAUUGUUUUGCUUUUCUUUUCUUGUUUUUUUAUAAAAAGUAUUUUAUUAUUUUAUUUAUCUUUUGUUUUCUUCAUGUUUUUAUUUGUCUUGCUUUGUCAUUUGUAUAUAAGAUGUGUAGCAGUGUUGUGAGUUGGCAUUGUAUGGUAAUAAAGACAGGAAAGAAAUCUC